CGUCAUCCAAAUGGACCAAUGAAGUCGACGCAUUCUGCUCUUCUUCAAUUUCCGGUACCGCCUCUGUCUCUCUUCCAGAUUUCUUCAAAAGCGUGACCGACGUUUCGUGUCUGUUUAGACUUAAAAAAUGCGUUACGUGGCCGCUUACCUCCUGGCUGUUCUCGGUGGAAAUACCAGCCCCUCUGCGAAAGACAUCAAGGCCAUCUUGGGCAGCGUGGGAAUUGAGGCGGAUGACGAACGCUUAAACAAGGUCAUUGGUGAGCUGAAUGGGAAAGACAUCAAUGAAGUCAUGAACUCAGGCCUCUCUAAGUUAGCCUCCGUACCAGCAGGUGGUGCUGUGGCGGCUCCUGCUGCUGCUGCUGGUGGGGCCGCUGGAGCUGGGGCUGCACCUGCUGCUGUGGAAGAGAAAAAGGAAGAGAAGAAAGAGGAAUCGGAAGAGUCAGAUGAAGAUAUGGGCUUCGGACUCUUUGAUUAAUCUACCUUCUCUGUGUUUAAAAAGCAAUAAAAAUGUAAAAGGUUUACACACAUAAA